AUGAAUAGUUUGUAUGCAAAGAUUUUGUUAAAUACGUGUUUGAAAUUAGAUCUGAACAUUAAACAUAAACUAUUGUUGAGUAACCUUCAUCUUAAUCAAAGUAAAUUUACCGAUCAGCAACGAAAUUUAGGGACUACAUGCUAUCGCUAUUUUAACGCUACUGACACUGAAUAUGCACUUAGAGAUGGUAUAACAGUCAUCCCUUCGCCGCAAGAAGUCACACUUAUACUGCGGAAAAAUGAAUUUAAUAAAGAAUUCACACAAGGUUCAAUUAAGUCAUACGACUCUAACCAGCUUGCUUCAAAUGACCCUAUUGAAGAUACCAGAGCUGAAGGAGUCUGCACAAUGUCUUCAGGGAUGCUCUUAGGUAUAUUUGAUGGUCAUGGUGGGCCACAAUGCGCCCAGGUGUUGUCAAAGCGACUGUUAAAUUACAUAGCAGCUGCCCUCCUUCCAGAGGAUGUUCUUAACAAGUUUCGAGACGGUGACAUGCCACCAGAGAAAUUAUUAGAAACUUUUAAUGAUAAGAUGCAAAUGGUGGAAGAUUUAAAGAAUAUACAUCAUCAUAGUUUCAAACAAUAUUUGUUGGAUCUUGUAGCUGAACCUAAGGCAAAAACUGUUCAGGCUUCAUUAGAAAAAGCAAUAAUGAGAUUGGAUAGUGAUUUGUCGAAAGAAGUAGUUGAUGCUUACAAGUUGAAUGGUGAAGUGAAUUACAAAAGCCUAUCCGUUGCCCUAUCUGGGGCAGUGGCAUGUGUCGCUCAUAUCGAUGGUCCACAUCUCUACGUAGCCAAUGUGGGGGACUGUAAUGCUGUGCUGGGCACUAUGACAGACGAAAAUGAAUGGAUAGCCAAAAAGAUAACCAAAGAGCACAAUGCAGAAAACUUUGAUGAACUUAAACGAAUUUGGAAUGAACAUCCCGAUAGUGAAAGAAAGACUGUGAUAAGAAGGGACAGGUUGCUCGGCGAGUUAGCACCUCUCCGUAGCAUAGGUGACUACAGAUACAAAUGGCCGGCUGAUGUUCUCAAAAAAUUUGCCACGCCAUACAUGGGGGCCAGAGCGGUACCUGCCAACUAUUACACUCCGCCGUAUCUUACAGCAAAGCCUGAUAUUUACUACCAUCGGCUGACACCUAAAGAUAACUUUUUAAUAAUCGCUUCGGAUGGUCUUUGGGACAUGAUGACUCCUGUGCAAGCUGUCAAAUUGGUUGGCGAACAUAUGAAAGGAAAAGUGUUUUUUAAUCCCUUGAAUUUACCGAAAAAGAAUAUUCAACUAGGAGCUAUUGAUGAACUCUUGUCACAUAGAAAAGAAAGUUUGAAAAGCAAACCCAAAGAUAAAAAUGCUGCGACACAUCUUAUCCGUCACGCCAUCGGUGGCACGGAGUAUGGAGUGGACCACUCGAGACUGGCGCACCUGCUCACGCUGUCACCCGAUAUCUGUCGCACGUUCAGAGACGACAUGACGGUCACAGUCGCUUACUUUGAUCCAGAAUAUCUUAGACAAUGUCCAUCAUAA